ACUUGUCAACCACUGAAGCAGUUUCUCGCAGUAUCCAAAACAGAAAUUACCAAUGCUCUCCCCGGUGGAUCCUGAAACGCUGCCAAUAUUCAGUAGCCCAUGGCCGACAUUUAUUGUUCUCGGGAGCUACCUGCUCAUCGUGUUGAAAGUGGGUCCCAGACUCAUGAAGAAUCGGGAGCCCUUCGAUCUCCGUGGCGUAAUCAAGGUCUACAAUGUAUUCCAAAUAAUGUACAACCUGUGGAUGUUCAUACACUUUGCACACUUCCUGUUUGUUUUGAGGGCCUAUGACUUGGGAUGCAUGACAAACCUGCCCCUGGACCACGAGCACAAGGACAGUGAGCGUUACUUCAGCAACCUCUACUUGAUCAACAAGUUCGUCGACCUGGUGGAAACAAUUUUCUUCGUCCUGCGCAAGAAAAACAGACAGAUAUCCGUCCUCCACCUGUUCCACCACGCCAGCAUGCCCCUUGUGGUGUACCUGGUCGUAAUACUCCACGGAUACGGGGGGGUCGCCACCGCCUACGCUUUUCUGAACAUCAUCGUCCACGUCCUCAUGUACACCUACUACUACCUGUCCUCCGUGAGCAAGGCGGCGCAGGAGAGCCUGUGGUGGAAGAAGUACAUCACAAUCGCCCAGAUGGUGCAGUUCGGGAUCAUUCUGUCCCUCAUCACAUACACGUUAUCCCAGCCCAACUGCAAGGUCCCGCGGAUGCCAGCCUAUUUAUCUGGAGUGAUGUCAUUGUGCUUUUUCGUAUUGUUUGGAAACUUUUAUAUCAGGGCAUACGUACUGUCUGAUCGCAAGCGUCGGCAGUAAGACUACUUACUGCUUUUUAUUUUUAACAAUUCAAAUUAAAAUGUGGAUAUAUGAAUAGGAUUCCAUAAACUAGAUAAUAAAAGAUAUACCAAUCGGAUAUGUUUUAAUCUGAAA